CUUCUCUCCUUCUUCACUUCUCUCCUUCUUCAUUUCUCCCCUUCUUCAUUUCUCUCCUUCUUCACUCUUUCUAUACCUCAUAUCUGAUUUGAAUCUAAUUACACUUUUAUGGACCAUGCUGCUCACCAUCUUGUUUUCCGCCAUCGCUUGUUAUUUCGUCUAUUCUUUGGGUGUUGCUCUUUACAACAUCACUCUCCAUCCGCUUGCCAAAAUCCCAGGGCGUAAAAUAGACGCAGCUUUCUCUUUCCCCUCUCACUGGGAUAUUUUGACAGGUGACGCUGUGAAGAAACGCAAACUGCUGCACGACCGCUACGGACAUACAGUCCGAGUAUCCCCUUCGCUUGUAUCCUUCACCAAUGCUGAAGCAUGGCAACCAAUUUAUGGCUACCAGAAUCCUGGCAGGAAACAGCUCGACAAGGGCUACUACGCGGAGAAAGGCGAAGUUCCGAGUAUCUUUGUGGCAAAUGUUCCGGACCACACAAGGAUGAGACGUCUGUUAAACCACGCCUUCUCGGAGACCGCUCUUCGGGAGCAGGAGCCACUGAUGAAUUCUUAUUUUGAUCUGCUUAUCCAAAAGCUCCACGAGAAGAUCGGAAGCCCUACAAACGGACGAGUGAACAUUGUUCGGUGGUUCAAUUUCACCUUGUUUGAUUUGGUCGGAGACUUGUGCUUUGGUGAAGACUUCGAUGCUCUCAAAACCGAGGACUACAACUUCUGGAUCGUGAACAUCUUCAAAGGCGUCAAAAUCGGACAUAUUUUCGUCGUACUGAAAGCGUAUCCACUUAUCGGAAAGCCUAUAAUAAAACUCAUGGAAGCCUUCCCGGCCCUGCAAAAGGGCCGCGAAAAGCAUGAUCAAUACUCCAAAGCCAAAUCCGAGCGCCGCCUUGAUAAGCACACUGACAGAAAAGACUUCAUCAGUUAUAUCCUCCGCCAUAACGAUGAAAAAGGCAUGUCGAGAGAAGAAAUAAUCAAGACAACCAAUCUCCUCAUCAUUGCAGGCAGUGAAACGAGCGCAACUCUCCUAUCCGGCGCUAUGUUCUACCUCCUCAAGAAUCCGUCCACGCUCAAGAAACUCAAGCUGGCUAAGAUGCCGUAUCUGAAUGCCGUGCUGCAAGAAGCGCUCAGGGUAUAUCCGCCUGCUCCUGGGCUCUUUUCCAGGAAAAUGCUUCCCGGCGGCGCGGUGAUUAAUGGGUAUUUUAUCCCUGCGAACGCGUCAGUAGGCGUCCUCCAAUACGGCGCCUUUCGCUCGGCAUCCAACUUUGCCGAUCCCGACUCCUUUAUCCCGGAACGCUGGCUGGAGCCGAGAGAAGAAAGGUUUAUGGAAGAUAAGAGGAACGUGUUGCAGCCGUUUAGUGUCGGACCGAGGAAUUGUAUUGGUCAGGGUCUCGCCAUGGGGGAGAUGCGGGCUAUCCUUGCGAGGGUGUUGUGGCAUUUUGACUUUGAGUUGUGUAAGGGGAGCGAGAAUUGGGAUCAACAGAAGGUGUUCUCUUUGUGGGAGAAGGGGGAUUUGUGGGUUAGGAUAUCGAAGAGAGGUGAGUGAAAUUCCAAUCGGCUUCAUGGUAAGCGGAUCAGUCACCCGAUAUACAAUAAAUCUUGAUUGGCUACUUCAAACUUCAAAGUUAUGAACUCGCU